GAGCGCCGUAAAGCGCCGUGUUUUGGACUGAAGGAGGUCAUUAGAAAGUGAGGGGUAAGAACGGGUCGGUACUCGGGGCACAGAGACACUCGGUGCCAGCGUAUCUCUGAUGCCGGUGUAAGAAAAAUACAUUAUUCAACAGCUCUGUAUAGUGUUUCAACCGCUGCGAAAUGCUUCGUCUGAUCCUGCGGCUCAGGCCGUCCUCUGGGCUCCGAUGUCCCCGUGCCCUCCCGGCCGGGCCUGCUGCGCUCGGCUCCCGCUCUGUGCCCGGAACCGGCUGUGUGAGGCGGCUUCACCGUGGAGCGGCGUCCCGGGCCGUGUGCUUGGGCUCCGGCUUCAGCCACAGAGCGACUCUGCUGCGGUAUCCCCAGGUGACAGGCGGCUGUCAGACAACGCGUUUCUACAGUCUGCCACCGCACCAGAAGGUGGAGCUUCCUGCACUGUCACCCACCAUGCAGACUGGAACGAUCUCUCGCUGGGAGAAGAAGGAGGGAGAUAAAAUCGGCGAGGGUGACCUCAUAGCAGAGGUGGAGACUGACAAGGCCACUGUAGGUUUUGAGAUGCUGGAGGAGUGCUAUCUGGCAAAGAUCCUGGUUCCUGAGGGGACCAGAGAUGUCAACGUUGGGUCGGUAAUCUGCAUCACAGUGGACAGCCCUGACCUCAUCCCAGCCUUUAAGGACGUAACGUUGGACUCCCUUAAAGCAGCCGGUGCCGCUCCUUCACCAGCUGCCUCCGCCCCUCCUCCUCCUCCUCCUGCUGCUGCUGCUCCUCCUCCUCCUGCAGCCCCCGGCAGCUCUUACCCCACACACUUGAAGAUCACACUUCCUGCCCUCUCUCCCACCAUGACGAUGGGAACAGUGCAGCGCUGGGAGAAGAAGGUCGGAGAGAAGCUGAGCGAAGGAGAUCUGCUGGCUGAGAUCGAGACUGACAAGGCGACCAUUGGCUUUGAGGUGCAGGAGGAGGGAUAUCUGGCCAAAAUCCUAGUGUCAGAGGGAACUCGGGACGUCCCCCUGGGAACACCACUCUGCAUCAUUGUAGAGAAAGAAAGUGACAUCGCUGCCUUCAAGGAUUACGUAGAAACUGGAGUGGCAGAGGUUUCUACACCUCCUCCAGCUCCAGCCCCAGCACCGGCAGCGGCUGCAGCUCCAGUUGCUGCAGCACCUACUCCUGCAGCCGCUGCCCCAGCAGGACCCAAGAAGGGGCGUGUGUUCGCCAGCCCCCUCGCCAAGAAACUUGCUGCUGAGAAAGGAAUUGACCUAGCACAGGUCAGCGGCUCUGGUCCUGAUGGACGUGUCACCAGGAAAGACAUUGAGAGCUUUGUUCCACCAAAGCCUGCACCUGCUGUAGCUGCUGCUCCCACCCCGGCCGCAGCUGCUCCUGCUGCAGCUCCUGCUGCACCAGCUGGGACCUUCACAGACAUCCCUAUCAGCAACAUCCGUAAGGUCAUUGCUCAGAGGUUGAUGCAGUCCAAGCAAACCAUCCCCCACUAUUAUCUGUCUGUAGACGUCAACAUGGACCAAGUGCUUGAGCUUCGGAAAGAGCUCAAUGUUGAAGUGAAAGCCCAGAAUAUCAAACUUAGCGUGAAUGACUUCAUCAUCAAAGCCAGUGCUCUGGCCUGCCUCAAGGUUCCUGAGUGCAACUCCUCCUGGAUGGACACGGUCAUUCGCCAGAACCAUGUGGUGGACAUGAGUAUAGCAGUGAGCACAGCCAGUGGUCUGAUCACACCCAUAGUUUUUAAUGCCCACACCAAAGGAUUGGUUGCCAUCAGCUCCGAUGUGUCGGCUCUUGCUGCCAAAGCGAGAGAGGGCAAACUGCAGCCUCAUGAGUUCCAGGGAGGUACAUUCACAAUCUCUAAUUUGGGGAUGUUUGGCAUCAAGAACUUCUCAGCGAUAAUCAACCCUCCUCAGGCCUGUAUCCUCGCAGUCGGAGGCUCAGACAAACGGCUGAUUCCUGCUGACAAUGAGAAAGGGUUCGACGUAGCCAGCAUGAUGUCAGUGACGCUGAGCUGCGACCACCGGGUAGUGGACGGGGCGGUCGGCGCACAGUGGCUCGCAGAGUUCCGCAAGUUCCUGGAGAAACCCGUCACCAUGUUGUUGUGAUCAGACUUUACUGCCAUUAAAACUGCAGCAGUAGGUCAAGGCCCCUCGCUGAAGUGAUCCGAUCGGUCUAAACUGGUUUGGAUCCUCCUGCGAUUGGCUGGCCUGCCACCAGGUCACUCCCAGUCACCCUGAAAGGGGAAGAGGCAGAACUCACUCCGCUUACCUGUCUGUCUCGCUGUUUCUCCUGUCUAUCUUCCUCUCCUCUCGCUGUCUCACUCAUGUUCUAUUUAUUGAGGCCCCAUCUCAUGAGAGACCAGAAUUAGGUAUAAUUUAUCCUAGAAUAGAGACUGGCCACAUGUCACUAAAACAUUGAUAAUGUUUUACAAAGGGAAGUGUUACAUGUCCAACCAGCGAGCACAUUUAUCCCGAAACUCAAGUGUGUGUGUGUUUCUACACACUUUUAUCUGUGAUUUUGUGUGAAUGUGAUAAAGACAACGGGAAGUGCAGCUAUCUCUGUGUUCCAGUCUUUUGAGUAAAGGGUUGUGGUUUUUGUCGGCUUGCAGGCAGGAGGAUGGAGCUAAAUGUAAGUUAGAAUCCAGAUCACACACAAACCUGUUCAGUAGUCACACUCACGCACAGAUGAAAUAUUUAGUAUGUUUUCUGUGAGUUGAUGCUACAGCGUGUAUAUUCUUCACUGUGGGAUGAACACAGUGCUGUAUAUAUAUCUAAGGUGGCGAACUGUUCGGUUGAAAUAACAAAGGCCUCGCCAUAUAAUUAAUAUCUGUACAGACCUGAAUGAUAACAGACACUCUUAAAGGAAAAUACUGAACAGUUUUGCCAAUUCUCUCUUCUUCAGUGGGGAUGUUUUAUUUUCUAGUCUCAGAGUAAAAUACUUACCUUUGAAAUCUGUAUUUCACAGCUGAAACGCACAAAGCUGGUGCUGGAUAUUAUUUGUUCUUUGAAUAAAUUGGGAGAAGUCAA